CUCACUGUGUGUUGUUGUUGCUUUAGCUUUUUUGCCCCCUUUUCGCGUCUCUCGUUCCCACUACUCCAUUUCCCUCGCCGAGGAAGGAGACGACGCCGAAUUCGAAGCCCUAGAGUGGAAUCGGUGAGGAGGGAACCCUAACCCUAGGUCGGGCGCGGAAUCUCUUCGAUCCCAUUUUGGUCGCGAUCGUCGGUUUCUUAAUCUCGGUGUUUCUCGGACUUAGCUUGGGGGAGUGGCAUGUUAGGGUCUUAACUGAUUGUUGGCAGCAAUCUAACGUCAUUGACCAUCUAGCAGGAUGGGCUAAAUUUCAAGCUAGAAACCAGCUUUACAGCUUGAGUGGGUUAUCCUGAAUCAGACAGAUUUAUCUGAAGAUGUGUACCCUCAUCAGUGGUCAUAUUUUAUAACGAGACCCAUGGACAUUUGCUAAGGAGACUAGUGUUCCAGAAGCUUUUUAUUGCCUUGUAAAAGAGGCCAUCGCAAGUUUCUGUAUCAGCUCUGAAUGUCAUAGGUUCAUGCUUGGUACAAACAGGAUAGUAAUAAGAUGCAGCUUUGGCAACAGCAGUUGAUGUACAAGCAGUUGCAACAGAUUCAGCGGCAACAGCAACUUCAACUGCCCCAUCAUGGAGUUCAGCAGCAAAAUUCUCUUGGCCAGUUUCAUUCUACUACAAAACCACCAACCCUUGAUCAUUUUCCUACAAUGCCAAAUGAAAUGGCCAUAACUGACACGCCAAGUUAUAUGUGGCCAAAUAAUACUGUAGGAGGUAAUUCAAAAUUACCCCAUAACUCUCAAAUGUUUUUUGCUGAUAGCAUGAACCAGGUACAGUUUGGUGGUUCUCCUGCCACAGACAAUUUCGCAAAUGGAGUUAUGUUUCCAAACAAUCAAUUUGUGGAUAUGAGUUCAAAUCCAUCCAACUCUUUUCACAAUGAACGGAAUUUUCUUCAACAGGGCUACAUGCAGGAGGGUAAUACAAACUCUAUGCACAGCUUCCAAGAAAAAGGUUUCCAAGACAGUGCUCCUUUGCAAAGUUAUAUUAAUAGUGACACCACAGGGAAUUUUCAACAAGUGAAUCAAAGUGAGUGGUCUGGGAGUCCACACGAAAAGUUAACAACACAGAUGGGGCCUGCUGGUGGUAUGACUAGUCUAGACCCAACAGAAGAGAAGCUGUUGUUUGGUAGUGAUGAUGAUAAUACUUGGAAAGCAUCUCUUGGGAGCUCCACUGGAGUCUGUAGUCAGGGGAACUCUUUUAAUAAUGAUUGUUUUAAUGCUCUUCCAUCUCUCAAUAGUGGGAGCUGGAGUGCCCUUAUGCAAGAGGCUCUACAGGAAUCAAGCAGCGAUAAUGGACUGCAGGAACAAUGGAGUGGUGUGAAUUUACAAAACACUGAACAGUCUAUCAUAAACCAUUCAUCUAUACCUAAUGACAAUGAGAAGCAGCCAACUACCUGGAAUGAUCACUUCCGACCAGAAAGCCAUUCAGGUUCUGCAGGCUUGCAGUUUAGCUCACAAAGUAUGCAAGGUGUUUGGGUCUCACGGCAAAAAAUGCCCUUUGACAGUGUCUCUCGUCAGUCCAAUGAUAAGUUAGUUGGCGGCAAUUCCAAUCGUUCCCCUGUUACAGGUGGAAAUACUGCAUCAAAGUUAUCUGAUAAUGAUAGCAGUAUAUGGAAGGCAACUAUGCCAGCUAGAAAUAACUUAAUGCAAUAUGAAGAUCGGAAUGCUGUUGUCAUGAACUCAAACACACUGCAAGCUGUUGAGGAACCAAAUCAGAAGGUACAUAGUAAGCCUCAGAACUAUUAUGGGAAUCAUUUUGUAGGUAAUUCUUCUGUGGUUCCCUCGGAUGCUGAAGAUUUGGGAAGAAACCAGAAUCAGCCAACCCAAAAGUCCUUCAGUCCCUCUACACAACAUAAUAUGGGGUCGCACAUGUUGCAGAACCAUUUAGUGGGAAGUGUGGUAACAAAUACUACUACAAAUCAACCAUUUUAUUCUCAGGGUAUGCCACAUUCUGUUGAUGGGGGAUCAAAUAAUUUGGGAAAAAGAUAUGUUGGACAUUCAAAAGUGGCUGCCGGUGUUGCUUCAAACAAUUCUUUGGAUUUUGCAGAGAGAACUAUACCGGCGGAAGAGAGGCGUGCUAUCCCUAGAAGUGACCUUAUUGGAUCUAUCUUCGAUGGCUCAGCAGCUCUCUAUUCUCAGAAUAAGACAGUUCAGGCAAGUCAAAAUAUGCCUGGACUUCUUCAAAAGAUGGACCAGUCAAUAAAUAGCAACGCUGUUUCUACAUUCCAUGUACCCAAACCUGCUACUGCUGGGGAUGCUGCUUCUGAUGGACAACUUAAUCAGCCUUUUUCUUUGCAAAAUUUUGGUCUACGCUUGGCCCCACCAUCUCAAAGGCAACCUAUUUCAGGUCACACCGCCCAUCAGACUUCCUUAAAUGAUUUCAGCGGCAAGGAUGGUCAAUUCCCGCAAGGAGAUGAAGAUCAGGCACAAGAAACUUCUACAAACUCAUUCCAAUCCCUGCAUGCUACCCAAGGAGCUUAUCAAAGAGCAAAUGUGGAUAAUAAAUCCUCUGUGCCAGGUCAACCCUACAAGGAAACCUCCUGUUCACAAAAUAAGGUCGACUCGCCAACUAUCACUCCCUCCGAUCCAUCUUGUAGGCAUCAGAAACAAAGCCCAAGUUCAACUGGGCAUGAAUCAAAUUCCAAGUAUCCAGGUUUCCCUUUUGGCAUCCAAAACAAUGCGAAUACAUCUCGUGCACUUGAGAAUUCAGAGUCUCACUCAGCAGAGAUAGAUAAUAACAGGCAAUGGAAUGCUGGUUUUCCUCAGAAUAGAAGUGACCAGCAAGUAGAUAAUAGGUCGGGAUCACAACCUCCUAUUUCAGGCAUCUCACAGCAAGCUGGUCUCCCAACAAUGUUCAAGAAUGUAUGGACAAACUUAUCAGCUCAACGUAUAGCUGGUCUCCAACCAAAUAAGCUCACCCCUGAUGUACUCCAGGUCCUGAUUUUAGCAAAUAAUACAAGACAAGCAAAUUUAUGGGGAUUGCCGAAGGUAAAUGAUUUUGGAAAGAAGGGGGAAAAUGCUUCAUCUGACAUUGGUACUAGUUCUUCAAAUGCACUAAAUCAAGAAAAUAGACAAGUCAUGGGUCAUUUUGAAAUGCAACCUUCUUCUGAGAAGGUGGCAGUUGUCUUGAAGAAAGGAAUUGCAUCACAAGGGCAAGAAGCUUUGCAGAAGCAUCUCACAUAUCAAAAUCCAGACCAGAAUGAUUACUCCUUACUGCGUCAAAUGCAUGCUAUGAGGAGUACUGAUGUUGAGCCAAGUGACAGGUUUGGCAAGAGACUGAAAGGAGCUGAAUUUGGUUCUGAUACUUCAUUGAUAGACCAGAGGCAGAAUAGUGUUGUUAAAGCUUCUGUAGAUAAUAAACUUGCCGGGAAUUUGCACGAUGCAUAUCCUUCGGAGGUUAAAAUGCUUAGCUUUGCUUCAAGCAACAAUGAAGAUAAUGGUGUAAACGUAUCUUCUCAGCUUUCUGGCAGAGAAGCAUCUUCCCCGGAUAUGCACAUUGCACGAUUUCAGAAUAGUGUUCACUCUUUUAAUCCAGGUCCUGCGUCACAUUCUGUAGAGGGAAGUGAGCACCCUAAGAUCAGUCCUCAGAUAGAUCCUUCCUGGUUUGAACAGCAUGGGAUCUACAGAAAUGGUCAUACUCUUGCCAUGCAAUACAACUUGCCAAAAGUCUCUGGGAGCUUGAAUACUAAUAUUUUGGCAGAGAAAAAACUUAAUAGCGGUCAGUUUGGUAUCAUUGAGCCAGGUAUGGUAUCCGCAAUAGUACCAACAAGGCCAAAGAAGCGCAAGGCUGCAACGCCUGAGCCCUUAUCUUGGCACAAGGUCAUUGAAGGAUCCCAAGGGCAAAUAAGCAUCAGAAUGGCAGAGUUAAAUUGGGCUCGGGCUGCUAAUAGGUUGAUUGAGAAGGUGGAAGAUGAAGCUGAAAUGCUCGAGGAUGGUCCAUUAAUCUCUCCACCACGAAAGAGGCUGAUUUUGACUACUCAGUUAAUGCAGCAUCUACUACCUGCUGCACCAGGUGUUUUUCUGAAAGCAGAAGCUGCUUCAGCAUAUGAAAACGUGACAUAUUCUGUUGCUAAACUAGCAUUAGGGGAUGCGUGCAACCUGAUCUCUUGCUCAAGAAGUUAUUCUUGUGUGCAGCAAAAUAAUGAGCAUGAUUCAUCUGAAACAGAGAAGAAUGCUAAGAAAGUGGAAGGCAACUUCCUGUCAAGAGUUGUGGAAGAAAUUAUUGGCAGAACCAAAAAGCUAGAAAAUGAUUUCAUAAGAUUGGACAAGAGGACUUCAUUGUUAGACGUACGGCUUGAGUGCCAGGAUUUGGAGAGAUUCUCCAUGGUCAACCGACUGGGGAAGUUCCAUGGUCAAAGUCAAUCAGAAAAAAUUGACGGCUCAUCAACUUCUACGACUGCCCCUCGUAAAACACUUCCUCAGAGAUAUGUUACAGGAUUUUCCGUUUCCGGAAAUAUUCCCGAGGGGAUGCUUUGUUUUUCUCUCUAGAUAGUAAAUUUAUUGAUUUUUUUUUUUUCUUUUGACCUUUUGGCCACCUUUAGUUGUCCCCCAUUGCAUCUUUUCAUAUGCAUAAGCAUAUAAGAGAAGUUUAAGAUGGUGUAGAUUGUAGCCAUCAUAUACUAUAUAGAAGAAGGGAAUGCCAUAUCUGUGCCAGCCUGUGAAGUUGGUGCUGGUUGUUGUAAUUUUCUUCCCAUUAAAGUAAAGAGUACAUUCUUGUAUAUUCCCGAAAAAGCGGAGGUGGUUGGACUCGCUGCAUUCCUACGUGGACGAGCAUUAACUGCAUCUUCUAAUUUAAGAAGAAAUAAUACAACCGGACAAUUUCAAUCUCGA